AUGACCAUUACCCCUGCUAAUUUUGCCGCUAAGACAAUAACUUCAAGUUCACUUUUUGAGGCACGAAAUAAAGUGCUUAAAUUAUAUAGAGAUUGGCAACGGGCGGCUCCAAAGGUAGUUAAAUCAUAUUUACUUGAUAUUCCUGCAUCAGCUGUUAGAGCUAAAAUUCGAGAAGAAUUUGAAAAAAAUCGUUAUGUUAGUGAUUUAAAAGUUAUUGAUGUAUUAAGAAUAAAGGGUGAAACCGAAUUUCAAGAAACUAUAAAUAGUUGGAAAAUGGAAUCACAUGUAAUGAGAUACUUUGAUAAAGAAGAUCAUAUUUCUGCUUACAAGCCUCAAACAUUUUUAGAAAAGUUUUAUGAACCUAACCUGAAAGAUAAUCCAACUUCAUCUUUAAAUCUGACUAGAAAUAAAUAG